AUGCCACGAAUUUAUAAGCGAAAAGUAGGUGUAGUACCACGGACAGUAACGUGGACUGAGGAAGCACUGACAAAAGCUAUAAAGGCAAUUGAAUCAAAUAGUAUGAAAACAAAGACAGCAGCAAAGCAGUUUGGUAUUCCGUCCCGCACAUUACGUAGACGCUUGAAAAACGCAGACUUAACAAAACAUAAUUUGGGAAAAGGACCCAUUCUAGGAUACGAAAAUGAAAAAAAAUUAGUUGACCAUAUAAAAAAUCUCGAGAAAGCUGGAUUUCCUUGCACUCGUAUGGAUAUUCGGAGAAUGGCAUAUCAGCUAGCCGUGAAGUUGAAAAUAUCACACAAUUUCAACGAGGUUACAAAAUUGGCCGAUAAGCAGUGGCUGUUGUCAUUUUUAGAAAGAAACAAGCAAUUAAGUGUCAGGCAAGCUGAAGGAAUAUCUCGUGCACGACCCGUGGGAUUCAAUAGAGAGGAGAUAGGAAAAUUUUUUGACUUGUUGGAACAUACCCUAAUAACCAACGAUGUAAUAGGAAAACCAAAACGAAUAUUCAAUAUGGACGAAAGUAGAGUUCAAAUGAACAACAAACCCGAGAAAGUUGUGGUCACUAAAGGUGCCAAAUUAGUACAACAAGUUACUUCGAGUGAAAGAGGAGAAACCAUAUCUGUUGUUGCUUGUAAUAAUGCGGAAGGUAGAUUUUUGCCUCCAAUCAUCAUACUAAAGGGAGUAUACAAAAAAGACGAAUUUCUGGAUGGACUUCCGCCAGGAUCCGAUGCUUAUAUGAAUAAAAAGUCUGCCUACAUCAACACAGAUCUAUUUUAUAAAUGGCUGACAGAACAUUUUAUUCCACGAAAGCCUGCAGGUAAAGUUUUAUUAAUUCUCGAUGGACAUUCUUCGCACACUGUCAGCCUGAACACUCUGGAAGUAGCUAAAGAGAAUGACGUGAUUCUUCUUGGCCUUCCUAGCCAUUCAACUCAUGGUCUUCAACCUUUGGAUAAAUCGUUUUUUAAACCUUUCAAAACAUAUUUUUCAAGUGAACUGAGAAAUUGGAUGAUAAACAAUAAAGAAAAGAGAAUUAACAGGUAUCAAUCUGGUAAACUGAUUGGUUCUGCAUGGAUUCGUGCUACCACUCCCUCAAAUGCUAUAAAUGGCUUCAGAGCUUGCGGCAUUCAUCCAUUUAAUCCAAACAUUAUUCCCGAUCACUAUUUUGAGAUUUCUGAUGCAGCCAAUAGAUCAGUUGACACCGAGACUUUGGAAGAAGCGACUGGUGACAUACCCGACGUAAGUGAUGUAGUAAAUCCUAACAAUCUUGUAUCUGCUUCGUCUGAAAGAACAGCUAUUAAUGAAUCUCAAUUAAUCUAG